UGUACUUGUUACAAUAUUUAUUCAACAAACUUUUAUGUCCAGAAUUCAAUCAUCUUCAUCUACCUUAUUAAUUUCUUAAUCAACUUAUUUUUUAUUCAAUCUUAUCCAUCUCUCAAAAUGAUCUCAAUCAUUUACCAUAAAUAUAUUUCAGCAUUUGGUGAUGAUGUUCAUUUUCAUUCCAUGCACAGUGGCAUUCAUCAUAAAGUCAAGAGUCAUACAAAGCCUGUUGAGUUAGAUUCAGUGCAUAGAAGAGGCCAAAAUGGAAAAAAUUCCAAUCUUUUUGGUAGGGUUUUGGCUAUUAAGUAAUUGGGCUGGUUUAUUGGAGGCAGAAGACUUGAUGAAGUAUAAGAACCCUAAUGAGUCAAUUGAUGUAAGGGUUGAGGAUCUUAUUAGUAGAAUGACUCUUGAGGAGAAAAUUGGUCAAAUGUUACAGAUUGAGCGUAAAUAUGCAUCUGAUAAUGUGCUCAUCAAGGAGUGUUAUGAGUGAGGGAGGAAGUACUCCAGUUCUACAGGCUUCUGCUAUAAAUUGGAUUGAUAUGGUGAAUGAAUUUCAGAAAGAUGUUUUAUCAACAAGGCUUGGAAUUCCAAUAUUUUAUGGGAUUGAUGCUGUUCAUGGCAACAGCCCUGUUUAUAAAGCAACUAUUUUUCCUCACAAUAUAGGGCUUGGAGCUACCAGGGACCCUGAACUAGUCAAGAGAAUUGGAGCUGCAACUGCACUUGAAGUUAGAGCAACAGGAAUUCAAUAUGUUUUUGCACCUUGUGUAGCAGUCUGUAGAAAUCCGAGAUGGGGUAGGUGUUAUGAAAGCUACAGUCAAGAUCCUAAAAUAGUUCAAGCUAUGACUGAAAUCAUAUCAGGACUGCAAGGGGAAAUCCCUGAUAAUAUGCCUAAGGGUGUUCCUGUUAUUGUCAGAAAAGAAAAGGUUAUAGCUUGCCCUAAGCACUACGUCGGUGGAACAACCAAUGGGAUAGAUGAGAGUGACACUGUCAUAGAUAGAGAUGGAUUGAUGGAAAUUCACAUGCCAGGCUACUUGAGCUCCAUUAGCAAGGGUGUGGCAACCAUUAUGGUAUCUUACUCGAGUUGGAAUGGAGAUAAAAUGCAUGCUCAUCACGACCUAAUUACUGGCUUCCUCAAAAACACUCUCCAUUUCCAGGGAUUUGUUAUUUCAGAUUCAGACGGUAUUGAUAAGAUCACCUCUCCAUAUCGUGCUAACUGCACUUAUUCAGUUUUAGCAGGAGUUUCUGCUGGCAUUGACAUGUUCUUGGUUACAAAGAACUACACCGAAUUCAUUGAUGAACUAACGACAUUGAUGAAUAAUAAAUUCAUUGCUAUGACUCGAAUUGAUGAUGCGGUGAGAAGAAUUUUGCGGGUUAAAUUCAUGAUGGGUAUUUUUGAGAACCCUUUUGCUGAUUACAGUUUGGUCAAGUAUCUUGGGAUUAAGGUGCAUAGAGAACUGGCUAGGGAUGCUGUGAGGAAAUCCAUGGUCCUUCUAAAAAAUGGUAAAUCUCCUGAGAAGCCUUUGUUACCUCUUCCUAAAAAGGUUCCAAAGAUACUUGUGGCCGGAAGCCAUGCAAAUAAUCUAGGACAUCAGUGCGGUGGCUGGACCAUUGAAUGGCAAGGAGUCAGUGGCAACGAUGAUAUCAAAGUUAUGAUUAGUUUUUAAUUUUAACUGUAUUUCUAUUAUCAUCGACUAUGUGCCUUCUGGCUUAUUUGACCAUACUAGCUAGCAAAAACACUUGUUCCUGUAUGGUAGAGAUUAUGGAAAAAACAUAGACUUGUCCAUAAGCUGUUUCCGAAUUAUUUCUAUAAGCUCUCCAAGAUAGCUUAUGAGAUCAACUUAUAGCUUUUAUGCAUGCAGCUUGACUUUAUUUUAUCCA